AUGUCAGCAACUAAAUGUGAACAACGUUCAACAGCUGGUAUUACAAAUGGUACAGAUGAUAGUAUAACAAAUGUUGAUGCAAAAUCAUCACAGCAUAAUAGAUAUGAUAAUUAUACAAUAUCAAAAGGAAAACCUACAUAUUGUAAUGAAGAUGCUAACACAUCAGAUGCUGAUGCUAGAAAAAACCAUCAAUAUAAAGUACCAUGUGCACCACUGCAUAUAUAUUCAUGUUUUCUUAAAAAUUUAACUGAUCAUACAGUUAAUGUUACUUUGGAAUGGUAUGGUCGCCCAAAUGAACAUGAAUUUGAUGAACUAAAUCAUUUUAGAUUACAACCACAGGAAGAAAAACAUACACAACGUAAAAUAUUUCAACCAGAUUUACCAAAAAAUCCGGGUGAAGAAUUUGAUCAUGAUAAACAUUCAUAUUGUUCAUGGGUUAAAAUACUAAAUCGUGUUACAGUAGAACAUAUAGGUGCACUUAAUAAAAAGAAAAUGGAAAUUGUUUAUCCAUUUGAAAAUGUGAAUUGUCCAAUACGUAAUUGGGAAUUUCAUGUAACAGAUACAUGUAUUGAAUCACAUGCACCAACACGCCCUGUGAAUAUUUUAAAAUAUGAAAAUUUAACUAAUAUUGAGAAAUAA